GUGCGAAAGUCCUUUGUCGUGAGUGAAAUUUCGUUUCUGUCGUGAAGACCUUAAAUCCUCCUUUGUCCUCUUCGUCGUCUCCUGUGUGUGAUAAAUAACUGAGAACGAGCGAUCUAGUAUUCAUCUCGUUUUCAUCAUCUUGUAGUUUCUAAUUGUCUUGGUAUCUAGAUUGGCUUCUUCCUUUACAUAAGGUUGAGGUUUAGGCCCAGCGGCGCUCAAAGCACUAAAUAAAACUACCGGUUAGUUUUUACCUCUAGCGUUUAGCCCUUCCAACAAUAUAGUUGUCUUGGUCUCAUGAUCAUGUAGUUGAUUUUUGUCAUCAUCUUCUCAUCAUCCUACUUGCAUUCUCGUCAUGUACGACUAUCAUCGUCAUAAUUCAUCAUUAUUGUCUUCUCAUGUUGGGAAAUAUUAGGCAACUUUCCGAAUCGAUUCACUUACUCAUAAUAAUUGUCUUCUCAUCUUGGCAUGAUCAUCAUCAUCAACAACACCCUCAUCACUUCUAAUAUUCUUUUCCAAUUGCAGGGAAGAGUGAGUUUCUUAUGAUCCGUUUACCCCUGGUAAAAAACGCUGUCUUGUAUCUGAGGAGAAUAUAGCAUCACUACUUGUUCAUCUAGAUCAUUUUCACGACCACAUCGAUUGAAAGAGAAGCAAAUAUAUCCUCUUCGUCAUUUUUCAAGAACAACCAAAAAAUGUCGGGCGGUUUUUCCAAGCCUGUUUUCUUCAGAACAGCUGCCGCUGUCUUUCUCUUAAGGCUAGUUCGAUCCGGAUGAACGUUCUACAUCCUCUAUCUAGCUGAACAGCGAACGAGCGAACUAACUAACUAACUCUCAGCCAACUGACUAUGACUAACUAACUAACUAACUAACUAACUAACUAACUAACUAACUAACUAACCACUACGUACCUCUAACAAUUGGAGCAACUACUGGCGUCGAGGGUCGUCGCAAGUUCUUCCGUGGUACCGACGAAGUACCUCCUUCUACACCCACUGGAGAAAACGGACAGGCCACACCGACUGAAGCGACGACCAAGGCUGGGGAAAAGGUUGGCUUGGUGCUCGUUGACAUCCAGAAGUGCUUCACCGCGGCAGAGAAUCCCAAAGGACUUCAGCUCCCGACUACCAUGGGAAAGUUAUGCUUGUUGGUCCACAGCACGUCACUUAUCUUGCUCGUGACGCCGUAACUUCUUCAACCUACUUAUGUAUUUUCUUCUACACUUACUUCAAAUACAGGGUUGGUAAAGAAAAUUUGACGGGUUUACUUUCCUUCGACUCUUCUAUCCCUUCCAACAACAAACACAGGGGUAGUACACUUGUGCCUCUAGUCUUACUGCUUCCUCGUUUAGGUGCCACUCCGUGAGUAAAUCACAGGCCACGUAUCCAAAACCUAACCUUCAUUGAGAUUGUUUGAUUUCACCCCUGUAUUCCUUCAGACUUCAUCGGCCUAUGCCUACGCCCUAGCCUUGCAUGUCUACUAUCGUGUAGCCGUGGUCUUUUUUACCCCUGGAGUGGGUACAUUCCUCCGUUCAUCUUUCUAAUCUACUAUCUAUCUUUCUAAUCUACUAUCUAUCUUUCUAAUCUUCUACUAUCUUUCUAAUCUCUAAUCUUCUUUUAUCAUUCUAACCUCCUAUUGGUCCACUCGUCCUUCAUCUAAGUAGGAGCGACUGAUGUGGGCAUACAGAGGAUAUCGUAGAAUAGAUAUCUCUGCAACAACUCUAUUCUACCACUCUUUUCAGACCGUACGUACCCUGUGAACUAUUUAUAUAUUAUAAAAUAUUUAUUCAGCAGUUUCUUCUCCUACUCCUUCUAAUUUCAAUCAUGCUGCAGGAAAACUACUCAUUUUAACAUAAGAAGAAAAGUCGCUAAGAUUCAAGGCCUACAAGAAUAUUAUAUAUAAGAGGACUCUGAUUCUAUGAAGACGAUAUCAUGAAGCUGCAUAAAUGUAAGACAUCAGCUUCAGUAAUAUCUCUAUGUCAUGAAUCUGCACAAAAACAAGACAUUAGCUUCAGUAUUUUUUUAUAUCUCUACGUCUAGUACUAGUGCUGCUCUAAUAGGAGGAGGUGACGACUACAAAGCUGCGGUCCUGGAUUUGGUGCGCAAAUUUCGCGCAAAGUAUCCCGAUGGCCCGAUUGCUAUGUUAUGUCGAGCAGGUGUACAUCUAGAUCAUAUACAAACAUUGAGUCCGCCUCAAAGUUUAACUAUACCACCACAUUAACAACUUUUUUGCAUUGACGAACGUUUUGGUUUUCCAUCAAAUACAGAGGUAGCCAAACUUUUGGCUGUAGUUGUUUCAUCAAAAUAGGGACUACCUGCUGCAGACUUGACCAGGUAGGUUUAUACAUGAAGUGCAUGACCAUGGCCAUGACUGAGAGGUAAUUGCUAUCCUGUUAUGACUAUGGACCAAUUCCUAUCUUCCUAUCCUGCAAUGGCAUGAUACCUCACUAUCUCCUAGGAAAGACAUCGUUUUCGAGGAGAAGGAUAGCUCUCCCCAAGAAUCCUAUGCAAUGAUGAAAGUAGCCUCUAACUCUUGGACAGGACUACCAUCCUCCUGACCAUGUCAGUUUUAUCGACGAAGAGCAAAAACGCGGUACCCACCCCUGGGACCCCAUUAUGAAGAGGGUUUGCCUGUGUAAUUUUUGUGACAUUUUUAUUUUAUGACGAGUAAGCUUCUUAGACUCUAACGCCAACGUGAUUAUUAAUUAAACUUUUCUACGACGUCCUUGUCUACGGAAUAUUUCUAGGAAGCUUUUAAAUUUAAUUCUAUUUACGCAGAUAGAAUUGAUUACUCCCCUAGUACCUUAAAGUACUAGAGCAUAAUACAUUGAAAAUUUAUUUCUACAAGGUGUGCGUGUUGACGAACAUAGAAGGUUUUGCCGUUGAAGUCGCUUAUAUUAGUAGAGACGAGCCCUUAUUAUACUCACAGUCCUGAUGAUUGAUUGAUUGAUUGAUUGAUUGAUUUUCUGUUUGUUCCUCCGUUAUCCAGCACCGCCGCUCGUUAGACGGCCGCACAUCGUUGACGGAUUGAUGGACUUAGCUGCCUGCUUCUAAUAUGACAAACCCCCCAGAAGUGGCGGUGCUCGGGAUGACUCAGACAACGUUUGAGUCGAACAACAAGGAGUUCCAGGAGGAUCCAAAGCACACACCAGUGAUGACCAGCGCGAAAGCAAACGUUCCGGAGGGACAGGGCUUUGUCGAUAUGGAGCAGCCCCUCUUUCCACGUAAUCUUGAAUUUAUCGACUUUUUGAUGCUUCCACUCUUUCUUGAAGAACAGGGCUCAAAUUUAUCAUCUUAGGAAAAUGAAAAAGAGAACUACAACAGCGAGGACCCUCCAUGUGUAUGAAUAUUUAAGGGUUGAAGAAAUGCAUCUUCACGGUCAUCCUGGAAAUUCUGCUCACGUGUUUUCUUUUAACUUAGUAAUUGAAGGAAUCUAGUGGGAGUAGAGUGCUGGUAUUCCACUUUCGGCAACCAUGCACAUCUUACGUUGAGGCGCAUCAAGUGGCAUGCUAAUUCUAUGAGUACCUCCCCGCUGUUU